GCAUUAUUUCAGUAUUUAAAACUACAUAAAGUGAAACUACUUACAAGUUUUUAAAAUUGAUUGGUGCUUGAAGAAGAUUGAAGAUAAGUGCAAGUUGAAAUUUCAAAAUCACUCUGGAUUAUUGUGAAAUAACAUUGAGAAGGUCAUCAUGGAAGCUCGUCUAGCGCAGCACAUAUGUUUUAAAACUCACAAAGAAAAAAGGACCAAGCAUUCAACAAGCAGCAUUGAAGACAACACAAAAGAAAAGAGUGCUAAUAAACCAAUUUUCAAAAUACACGACACAGACAUAAAUAAUAGAAGUAUUUCUCCUCAUCACUAUGUAUCACCUAUGGCCAGUAUAUCGGCAAAAUCAUUUCUUUUGCCUCCGAGAAUGGACAACAGGAAUCGAUUAACAAGCACACCGAAUCAAGAACAACUUCAGUUAUCAGAUGGAAUAAAAAUUCAAAAUGAUGCUGCUUUUGAUUUUUCACCACUCGCUUGUGAGAGGACGAGUCACAAUGAUGAUGGACUUCAUAUGGAUGACAUCAAGAGUGUUUUAUUCCCAACUUUACAUCCGAAGUCAAACAAUAUGGACAUGGAAGACAGUAUAACUGAGAUGGAACAGUCAUGCAGCUCUGAAAUGAAUCCAAUAUUUCCACAUAUUGCAAAGCCGGCAGUGCAUCAGAAUCCCAACACAUCAAUCGAAGUCACAAAGCCUGUUUUUCCCAACUUUUUUGGUCAUUCUCCAUCAAAGCGAUUACCUAUAGAAUGUGAAAAAUCAGUUCAAGAUAGUGGUUUUGAUUCUGUUGCGAACAGUAUCAAUAGCAUGACAUCUAGUUUUCCAGAGAGUUUAAAUUUUGGAAAGGAUUCUGCUUUACAAAUUUCUCCUCUGAAGCGUAGAGCGAACGAUGAUGAAAUUUCAACAAUUUCAGUCGAAAGUCCUAUGAAGAGACUUGCUUUCAUGUCACUUGCCAACAAUGAUGAUAGUGGCAUAAAAACUCCAUCAAAAUCAAUAACAGAACCCUUGUUAAACGAGCCUGGCUCAUCUUUCCUAAAUUCACCUGUCAUAUGUAAAAAUGGCUAUGGGAGUGAAGUGCCUGGGCCGGUGUUUCCAAAUGCCAUAGAUUCUUGCUUUCCCAAAAAGCAACUUUUUAAUGAAACAUCUGAAAAUACUGGUAAAAAUGUGUUGGAUGAUUUUGAAUUUGCCAAACCAUCACUCGUAUUCCGACGACCGGUGAAAAAAACCUUGGAAAUAAAAUCUGAGAGAUUUACAAGAAAACCUACAACAGCUAAUCUUGAUCCAAUUACGGAGAGCAAACAGGGACAAGAAUUUUUUGAUAUUGUCAACGAGCUUGCAAAUCGAAACAUGCAACAUAUCAUAGCAAAAAUUUUCUCUCAUAUUCGAAAGAAAGAUAUUCUAAGGUGCAGUUAUGUUUCUCAAUCCUGGUCUGAAAUCAGUAGAAACAACUCUUUCCUUCGCAAACAAAUUAAGUCAUUGAAAAAUCAAUACCAAAAAGAUGAAUUUACCAGAGGAUCAGAAAACAUAACUGCAAAGAAAGCGGAACAAAAUGCACUUCUCAAAUCUCCAGCUAAAAUUGGAUCAAAAAGAAAUUUAACAUCUGGAAGAUAUGCUUUGUGCAACUUGCAAGAACGAGUGAGAAAAUCUCCUAGGAAACCAGUCAUCAUGCCGACAACACCAAGUGGUAAAAAUCGCUAUGUUUGUGCUGAAACUAAAUUUGAGCAUACGCAACGUGUGAAACGUACUUUGGAAUUUGAGGAAUCUGUCAUGACGUGCCCCAAAUGUUCCUGGACUGCCAAGAUUUAUGCUGGUGGCCAGAACAAGGCUCAAUGUUACAGAGCUGAAUGUGGAUAUAGGUUCUGUGUCCAAUGCAAGAAGGAAUAUCACUGGCCUAAGCCGUGCAAAAUUAGAAGCCCAGUGUCCCCCACACUCGAACCAACUGCAAAAUCAGUAAAAGCUGCGAGCAAAAAGAGUAAAGGUCGAUUGAAAAAAAGACUUUUGAUGUGAUUUAUACAAGGUGUACACACCACUGUGAUUGUUUUAUAUAUGGGUACUAAUGGAGAACGGCAGUCAUGAAUUAAACCGUCCAGCAUGCAAUUCUGACUGGUCCUCAAUUUAUCGUACGGAUGCUUGAAAAUUUCUCCUCUCUACAUGACAGACAUAUUGUGCCUAACAUAAUUCGUUUGUGAGACGUUUUAUGCCUAAAUUUGAUGCGUAUUGCAUUGACCUUCGUACCCUGAAACUUCUAUAGUCUCGUUAUAAUUAUUUUACCUCUGUGCUUUUAGCCAUACAUGAAGUAGUUACUUGAUUUCCUCAUUUCUUCCUAAUGAUAACUAUAAAGUGUUUGUCAGCGGAUUUUUCUGAACUUUUCUUGCUUAUUCUAUCCUACAGACAUUAUUUGUGCCGUCUCCCGCAGAGAAAUUUAUAUUCUAUCCAUGAUUUAGGAGUUUGCCUUAAUGCUAGUUGUUUUUAUCUUAUCAAAAGUUGCAAUAAAAGAGUAUAUGAACAUGA